UCCUCCACACUCACUCGCUGUCACAGUGGCAGUUGGAGGACGAGCAGCACCAGCAGCAGUAAUCCACUUUCCACGGCGCUUCACAUUUCUCUGUUCCGUCUACAUCCCGCAGACAUGGACCUGGAGGUGCUCAUGCACCCGGCGCUCUCGCUUCCCAUCCUCCCCGUGUUUGCGCUCUAGCUGUGCGCUCCCGCUGCUGACCACAAGGAGACUGUUAUUAUUUGUCCGUGUAGCAGAGAGGGGACCGACGGUAGAGCCGCAACCAGGGACUCAAACCAUCGUGACAGCAAAGGCCGUUUCAGGAUAUCAGGCGACUGAGAGCGGCUCGCUGUGUCCUCCAUCAUGGCGACUGACUCUCCAGCUCGGAGCCUGGACGAAAUCGACCUGUCCGCUUUGAGGGAUCCUGCUGGCAUCUUUGAGCUGGUAGAGCUGGUGGGAAAUGGCACCUAUGGGCAGGUGUACAAGGGUCGCCAUGUUAAGACAGGGCAGCUCGCAGCCAUCAAGGUCAUGGAUGUCACCGGGGACGAGGAAGAGGAGAUUAAAGCGGAAAUUAACAUGCUGAAGAAGUACAGCCACCAUCGGAACAUCGCCACCUACUAUGGAGCCUUCGUGAAGAAAAACCCCCCUGGCGUAGAUGACCAGCUCUGGCUGGUCAUGGAGUUCUGUGGCGCCGGCUCAGUGACGGACCUGAUCAAGAACACCAAGGGAAACUCUCUGAAAGAGGAGUGGACCGCCUACAUCUGCCGGGAGAUCCUCAGGGGUCUGACUCAUCUCCAUCAGCACAAGGUCAUCCACAGAGACAUCAAGGGACAGAACGUCCUGCUGACGGAGAACGCAGAGGUCAAACUAGUGGACUUUGGAGUUUCAGCCCAGUUGGACCGAACAGUGGGACGGAGGAACACGUUCAUCGGGACGCCAUAUUGGAUGGCACCUGAGGUCAUCGCCUGUGACGAGAACCCUGAGGCCACGUACGACUUCAAGAGUGAUUUAUGGUCACUGGGAAUCACAGCAAUAGAGAUGGCUGAAGGAGCACCACCGCUGUGUGACAUGCACCCAAUGAGAGCCCUCUUCCUCAUCCCGCGAAACCCCGCCCCCAGACUCAAGUCAAAGAAGUGGUCUAAGAAGUUCCAGUCGUUCAUAGAGAGCUGUCUGGUGAAGAGUCACGGCCAGAGGCCCAGCACGGAGCAGCUCCUCAAACACCCGUUCAUCAGAGAGAUGCCCAACGAGAGGCAGAUCCGCAUCCAGCUGAAGGACCACAUCGACCGCACCAAGAAGAAGAGAGGAGAGAGGGAUGAGACAGAGUACGAGUACAGUGGAAGUGAAGAGGAGGAUGAAGAAAGAGAAAUGGGUGAACCGAGCUCCAUCAUCAACGUCCCCGGGGAGUCGACCCUGAGGCGGGACUUCCUGCGCCUGCAGCUAGCCAAUAAGGAGCGCUCUGAGGCGCAGCGGCGGCAGCAGCUGGAGCAGCAGCAGAACGAGGAGCACAAGCGCUUACUGCUGGCGGAGAGACAGAAACGCAUCGAGGAGCAGAAGGAGCAGAGGAGGAGGCUGGAGGAGCAGCAGCAGCGAGAGCGUGAGGUGAGGAAACAGCACGAGAGGGAGCAGAGGAGGCGCUACGAGGAAAUGGAGCAGCUCCGCAGAGAGGAGGAGAGGAGGCAUGCAGAAAGAGAACAGGAGUAUAUCCGUAGGCAGCUGGAAGAGGAACAGAGGCAGUUAGAGAUUCUCCAGCAGCAGCUACUACAGGAACAGGCAUUACUGAUGGAGUACAAGCGUAAGCAGGUGGAGGAGCAGCGCCAGGCGGAGCGGCUCCAGCGGCAGCUCCAGCAGGAGAGAGCCUACCUGGUGUCUCUGCAGCAGCAGCAGGAGGGACGGCAGGCCGAGAAGAAGCCGCUUUACCACUACAAAGACAUCAGCAACCCCACCGACAAGCCUGCCUGGGCUAAGGAGGUCCUGAAGCAGCAGCAUGUUCAGGGUCACCUACCCCACUCCCAACUACGACAGCACCAGUCAUUCAACCAACCGGCUUCAUCCCCUGACUCUUGGCGCCAAAACAGAGCUCAGGCCCCUAGACAAACCCCGUCCCAUGGUGCCCAGCCCCUCUCCUCCCACCCCCCCCAUAUCCAUAUCUCACUAGAUGGAGAACUCCUAGAUCCGGGGCUCAAGCAGGAGAUAAGUCAGCAGGUCAGAGAGUUUAGGGCUCAAAAGCUCAGGGGCCGCAGCCCGGGGCGCAGCCGGGAGCAGAGCCAGGGUCCUGGCCAAGGGCCCAGUAAGGGACCUGGUAAGAAUCAAAGAGAGCUUUCCAGUCACGAGCCAGUCAGCCAGUCUAACCAAGUGCUCAACCCUUAUGCUCUGGCGCCUAACAAUCAGAAUGAGAGGCCCAGAGACAGGCCUCUUUCUGCCCCAAAUCAUGCAGACAUCCAGGGGCUAACGCCGGACCCUAGGAGUCCCCAAUCUGGAUCUAUGUCUGCUUUCAAAGUGGUGGAGGAGCGAUCUAAGCUGAACAGGCAGAGCUCCCCAGCGCUACAGCCCAAAGUGUCCAACCGCAUCUCCGACCCCUCCCUCCCUCCCCGCUCCGAGUCCUUCAGCAGCGGGGGCAUGCAGCCCGCCCGCACCCCACCCAUCCACCGCUCCAUUGAACCACAGAUGGCCCACCUGGUCCCAGUGAAGACCCACUCCGGGUCCAUGUCCGGUUCCCAGUCUCUGCAGGAUCAGACGGGCUCAGCUCUGAGUGAAGGGGUCAGCGUGUCUGGCUCCCCCAGGCCCGAGAUGCCCCGCCAGAACUCGGACCCUACCUCUGACACCCCCGGACCCCCGCAGCGCAUCGCAGGCAGGGAGGACCGGGACAGAGACAGGGACAGGGAUCGGGACAGGACCGCCUGGCUGAGAGAGGAGGACAUGCCACCCAAGGUCCCUCAGAGGACUACUUCCAUCUCCCCAGCCUUGGUCAGGAAGCACUCCCCCAAUGGAGGAGGAGUAGGUCUGGGCCCUCGCACAGGCUCCCAACUCAUAAGGGCCAGUAACCCAGACCUGCGGCGCUCAGAGCUCUCUCUGGACGCCAUGCUGCAAAGAACGUCCUCCAACUCCUCAUCCUCUUCCUCCCCUUCAUCUCAAGGAGGCUCAGCCGAGAGGAGAAGUCAAGCCAAGCCAGAAGGAUCCCCACCAGGAGCCAAUCAGGAGGCAAAGCCCAAACAGGAGGAGGGCCGUGAAUCAGCCAGACCCAGCAGACCUGCAAGCUAUAAGAAAGCCAUAGAUGAGGAGGAGCUGGACCUUAGUGCACUGGCUAAGGAGCUCAGAGAGCUGAGGGUGGAGGAGGGCAGCAGACCUCCAGUCAAGGUGACAGACUACUCGUCCUCUAGUGACGAUUCGGACAGCAGCGAUGACGACGGGCAGACAGUGGGGCAUGAUGGGACGGUUGCUGUUAGCGACAUCCCCCGCAUCAUGCCAGCAGUGCAGAGCAGCAGUGAGUCGUAUGGAGGGCUGCCAGAAGACUCUCUAGGAGAUGCCUAUAAUAGCUCCAAGGACAGCACUCUGGUGAUGAGAGAGGCGGAGGAGAGGAGGAGAGGUGGUCACACUGAGAGCAAUGGGUUCGGUAAUCACGGUAACCAUGGUAACCUCCCUGACCUGGUGCAACAGAGCAACUCUCCCUCAGCCACGCCCACCUCCGCCCUGCAGGAGCUGGGAGACAUGGCUGAGUUUGGUCUGGGCGGGUCCAAAUCGUCCUUCACCCCAUUUGUUGAUCCACGUGUCUAUCAGACCUCCCCAGGUGAAAAUGAUGAUGAAAACUCAACAGAAGACAUGUUUUCUAGCGAGCUUCUGAGGCAGGAGCAGGCCAGACUAAACGAAGCCAGAAAGAUCUCUGUGGUCAACGUUAACCCCACCAACAUCAGACCCCACAGUGACACCCCAGAGAUCCGCAAAUACAAGAAGCGCUUCAACUCUGAGAUCCUGUGUGCUGCACUCUGGGGUGUGAAUCUGCUGGUGGGGACAGAGAACGGUCUUAUGCUGCUUGACCGAAGUGGACAGGGAAAAGUGUACAACCUCAUCACCAGGCGCCGCUUCCUGCAGAUGGAUGUGCUGGAGGGGCUCAAUGUCCUGGUCACCAUAUCCGGGAAAAAGAACAAGUUGCGUGUCUACUACCUGUCCUGGCUGAGGAACAGAAUACUACACAACGACCCUGAAGUAGAAAAGAAGCAGGGCUGGAUUACAGUGGGGGAACUGGAGGGCUGUGUGCAUUAUAAAGUUGUCAAAUAUGAGAGGAUUAAGUUCCUGGUGAUUGCUCAGAAGAACGCUGUGGAAAUCUAUGCCUGGGCUCCUAAACCCUACCACAAGUUCAUGGCCUUUAAGUCAUUCACUGAACUGCAGCACCGUCCCCAGCUGGUCGACCUGACGGUGGAGGAAGGUCAGAGGUUGAAGGUCAUCUAUGGUUCCAGUGUGGGCUUCCAUGUCAUCGACGUGGACUCGGGCAACCCUUACGACAUCUACAUCCCCUCACAUUGUGCCAAACAGAUGAAGAUCCAGAGCCAGGUGACGCCCCAUUCCAUCGUGGUGCUCCCAAAGACCGAUGGGAUGGAGAUGCUGCUGUGUUACGAGGACGAAGGCGUCUACGUCAACACCUACGGGCGAAUCACCAAGGACGUGGUGCUACAGUGGGGAGAGAUGCCCACCUCUGUUGCCUAUAUCCACUCUAAUCAGAUUAUGGGCUGGGGGGAGAAAGCCAUAGAGAUCCGCUCUGUGGAGACAGGUCAUCUGGACGGAGUCUUUAUGCACAAGAGAGCCCAGAGACUCAAAUUCCUGUGUGAGCGGAACGACAAGGUAUUCUUCGCAUCGGUGCGUUCGGGAGGUAGCAGCCAAGUCUUCUUCAUGACCCUCAACAGAAACACCAUGAUGAAUUGGUGAUGCCCCCCCCCAUCCACUCUGCCUCACUCUCCCAUUGGCCUGCCCGGCGACUACCAGUUGUCCCACGGCACAUCUCACAACAACAAAAAACAGACUGACCGAGAGGCCACAGUGAACUCUUUUAACACUGAAGUGACUAGAAUCGCUUAGAGAAAAAAAAAGUAAUCGUAGAGCAAAAACAACAGAGACAUGUUCUAAAUGAAGAGACAUGUUACCCUAGAUUAUUUUGGGUUAUGCAGAAGCCAUCGUUACUCAACUGACUGGCAAACUGGUGCCACUGACUCUCCAAAUAUCCUCUGUCUGUGUCUGUAAGUCUUCCAUUUGUGUCUGUGUCUUUUCUCCAAACAAACCUCUUCAUUACAGCAGCUGGAGAAAUACACUUUACACCAUUCCUCCCUUCGUCCCCACUUCUUUACACUCCUCCCGCAAUCGAUUUAGUCCUCACUUUUUUGAGUCCUUUUGACACCCAUGUCUUCCAUUUUCCACACUUCCUAUCUGCCAUGUGUGGGCUCAUUCCUGGAGAUCUUACACCUCAGAGGUCGGGGGAAUAGAUAAAUAGGAUUUAAUAUAAAUUCAAAUAUAGUGAAUAUGACAGUUUGUGCAGUGAGGGCAGCUGAGGGAUGACAAAUCUACUCUGGAUGUUAGCGGUGAAAAGCAGACAGCAUGAUUGAUUUUCUUACUCCUUUGUCACUCCCCUCCGCCUCCUCUUCUUCCUCCUCGCCGUCUUUUCAGGCCAUGAUGAGUAAAUUGUAAUUUAGUGUUCGAUCGCAUCUCGCUGAUAGAGAUGCGGUGAGACAAUCUGCUGUCAUAGGCGGGUGGUCACAGUAUGCAAAGAUGAUGUCCGUGUCCCUUUAAAAAGAAAUCACCGGUCCAUCCUGUUUUACUAUUUCCUUCUUCCUGUCACCCCCCAUCUCCAUCAAUGUCAUCCCCCCUAGUUUCACAAUGUUGUUAAACUCUGAAGGUGCUGCAUCAAAACUACUGUAAUAUUAAAUGAACAAUGAUAGCGUCAUUCUUUUUAUUUCAGUUCUUUUUCUUUUUCUGUGGCUAAGUCAGUCGGUUUUUGAAGUGUGAUCAAAUGAAUAGCACAUCCGUGUUUCUGAAAUCAGGAGUGUAUGUUGGUGUGUGUUUGUGAGUGUGUGCAUAAAUGUAUGUGUGUGUUUGACUUGAUGUUGAAACGAGUCCCAUUCAGAUCAAGGUUGGAUAUUGACAUCAAUGGCCAGAAAAAGAGUCAUAAAUUCAGUCUCUGUACGUGAACUUUUUCUGUUUCCUUUGGCUACUCACAAACACAGCCAUGCUGCUGUAGGGAAUAUGAAGAUGCUUAUCCUGAAUACAACCUCAUCAGGAUAUGAGCAACAAUCCCCAGUACUGUGUGCAUGUGAAAGAUCUAAUUGUUGAAAGCUGUGGCGUCCUUUUGAAUCAUGCUCUUCCCUGAUUGGUUCUUCUGAUUUUGGCUCCUACCUGUUUGUACAGUGCCUAGCAUGAUGUAAGCAAAACAAAAAAUGGAGGCCAAAAGAUUAUCGCUUGAGUUAUAAUUAAUAAUUGUAUUGCCUUUACAGUUCAUUUACACUGGGUUUGUGUGUGUUAUUGGCUAACCUUAACACGUUACUGAUGGUAUGUGUCUCUUCUGAAGGAGAUGUUAACACAUUUAAGACUUAAUUUAUUCUUUGAAAGGAGUAACUGCAUAUGGUACGAUAAAAACAUGUAAUUUCUGAAAGUGUAGCUCAAUCAUUUAUGCAUACUGUAUUAGAUGUAUAACACUAGGGCCGACUCUAUAGAGGUAUCCCUCUAUAUUGGAGAAAAGUACCUGCUUACUCCUUAAAAAAACGUAAAGUGACACAAAAACUAUACUCAUUCCCACAAGUUAUUUUCUGUUAAUAAUUUUUAAAAUGAAGUUAUAUGACUUUUACAUAUCCACACGGUAGCUGUUCCUGUGCAGCUGCAAGUUAGGUUCACCAAACUGUGUUAUGGGUAGCAGGCUAACAUUUGAGCAAUAAAGAGCCGAGCUGAA